AUGGCCGCGAUGGAGAAAAUGGCAACCGAGGCGGAGGUGUGGUCAGUUACUUGCUACUGCUGCGGGUUAACAGAGGAGUGCACUGCGAGUUACAUUGACGGUGUGAGGGAGAGGUAUCAGGGUCGUUGGAUUUGUGGGCUGUGUGCUGAGGCAGUGAAGGAAGAGGGUUUGAAGUUGAAAGGUGCUGAUGUUAGCACCGAUGAAGCACUGAAGCGCCACAUGAAGUUCAGAUCUUUCGCUUCAAGUCCUCCCAACAAACCCACCCAUGACCUGAUUCUCGCCAUGAAGCAGCUUCUUUUUCGAUCUUUGGAUUCUCCCAGGAAAGAUUCUUUAACCUGUUCGCCACUAGCUAGUUCUCACACAUGUUUUUCACCUGGAUCCUCGAAGGGGAGCCGCAAGAGAUAA